AUGGAUAAAAAUACAUUCAUUUUCAACUUUAAAAAUGGCAAGUCAGCGCAUAGACGCCAGAAGACUUACCUGUGCUACAAGGUACAGCUGCUGAAUAACAACUCCAGGGUCUGGCUGAACAUCGAGGGCUUCUUGCAUAACGAGCUGCGCCGUCACACAGAGCUGUGCUUCCUGGACCAGAUUCCUUCUUGGUCCCUGCACCGGGCAACAGACUGCAGGAUCACCUGGUUCCUCUCCUGGAGCCCCUGCCCUAACUGUGCCCGGGAAGUGGCUGCCUUCCUGGAGAACAACAGUCACGUGCAUCUACGCAUCUUCGCCUCCCGCAUCUACAACCGUCUAGAAGGCUAUGAGCAGGGGCUGCGCUCACUGUGGGAUGCUGGGGCCCAGCUUUUCAUCAUGAAACACAGAGGGGUCCCAGCCAAUGAGGAAUGCUGGGACCCCCUGGACCUUUCCCAGGGACCAGGAGUGACAGGAGCUUAG